CCCCUGCCCGCCCUCUACCCCCAGAUCAAGUCCCAGCAGAGCGAGGUGACCCGCAUCCUGGAUGGGAAGCGCAUCCAGUACCAGCUAGUGGACAUCUCCCAGGACAACGCCCUGCGGGACGAGAUGCGAGCCUUGGCGGGCAACCCCAAGGCCACCCCACCCCAGAUUGUCAACGGGGACCAGUACUGUGGGGACUAUGAGCUUUUCGUGGAGGCUGUGGAACAAAACACACUGCAGGAGUUCCUGAAACUUGCCUGAGCCCCCCGGACUCCAGCACCACAUUCCCCCCCAGCCACCGCCGGCCAUGAAGGACCUCGCGACCAAUUCCCUGUUAUUCUUAGCCUCUUGACCUUGGAAUCUCUCCCUGCAACCCAAGCCCUUCUUCUGCCCUGUCUAAUUUAGCCCCCUUUCUUCCAUUCAAAGGCAACAUUCCUUACCCACUAGUCUCAGAAAUUGUCUUAAGCAACAGCCCAAGUGCUGGCUGUUGUCAGCCAGGCCCUGAGGCUGUCACCCUGCCUGGCACUGGCUGGUGGGCACCUUUGUGGAUUCCAUUAGCCAGGGCUCUGCCAAAGGCCCCGCAUUCCUUGUCCUCUAGAGACAAUUAAAUGUCCCAUUCCAUUGA